AUUCUUCAGACCAUCAUGCCUGAACCAGCCAAAUCAGCCCCGAAGAAGGGAUCCAAGAAGGCCGUCACAAAGACCGCCGGUAAGGGAGGAAAGAAGCGCAGAAAGUCCAGGAAGGAGAGUUACGCUAUCUACGUGUAUAAAGUCCUGAAACAGGUUCAUCCUGACACCGGGAUCUCUUCCAAGGCGAUGGGAAUCAUGAACUCUUUCGUCAACGACAUCUUCGAGCGCAUCGGCGGUGAAGCGUCUCGUCUCGCUCACUACAACAAGCGCUCCACCAUCACAUCGAGAGAGAUCCAGACCGCCGUGCGUCUGCUGCUGCCCGGUGAACUGGCCAAACACGCCGUGUCUGAGGGCACAAAGGCCGUCACCAAAUACACCAGCUCCAAGUAGAAGAACAUCCGGUUUCUCAACCAACACAAAGGCUCUUUUAAGAGCCACACAUGUUCUCAUUUAAAGAGUUUCUAGUGCACUUGUAGACUUUUGCUGGUAAUUAUGUUCGUAGUAAUGUAUGCUUAUUUAGUUGUCAGAAAAUGCCAAACUAUAAUGGAGAAACAAAUACAAGUUUUUGUCCUAAAUACAUUUUAAUAAGUUUAAUAGAAGAAAAGUUUCCUUCACAAUUUCUUUGACAAAACAAUACCUUAAAGGUUGCCCCAGUGCUGUUGCCAGAGAUGAACCUGUGUUGAAUAAUAACAAUUCUUCCUGUAAAGUCCAUUUAUAUUAUUUCAGAAGUUCACCACUAGAGGUCACAGUAUUAUUGUUGUUGGCUGACACAUGGGUUUGGAACAACAUGAGGGUUAUUCAAUUCUGAGUU